CUGGGCAGAGUGUUUACUCUCCACAGGAGUGGCUGAAAUGUUUCGACAUCACCGCACCCGGCGUGAGCGAGCGCGGCUAAGCUACAUGGUGCUUCGACUCGGCAGCUAACGCUCGGGGAUUUGAUAUUCAUCUGUCUCAUCGCGGAGCCGGACUUUGCCAACAUGGCUCUCUACGAGUAUGUCACCCAGGAUCAGCUGGCGGGCUUCGACAAAUAUAAGUACAGCGCGGUGGACUCGAACCCUCUGUCCGUCUACGUCAUGCACCCUUUCUGGAACUUUGUGGUGAAGUUUCUACCGACAUGGUUGGCUCCAAACCUGAUUACGUUCACAGGAUUUAUGUUCCUCGUGUUGAACUUCCUCAUGUUGGCCUCCUUCGACUUUGACUUCACUGCCUCUGCUGCAGGACACAACCACGUGCCUAGUUGGGUCUGGGUUGCUGCAGGGAUCUUCAACUUCUUGGCAUAUACGCUGGAUGGCGUGGAUGGUAAACAGGCGCGUCGCACCAACUCCUCCACGCCACUGGGGGAGCUUUUUGACCACGGCCUGGACAGCUGGGCCUGCAUCUUCUUCGUGGCCACAGUGUACUCAAUAUUUGGGCGUGGCGAGAGCGGCGUGGGCGUGGCCACGUUGUACUACAUUCUUUGGGUGGUGCUGUUUUCCUUCAUCCUGUCUCACUGGGAGAAGUACAACACCGGGAUCCUUUUCCUGCCCUGGGGAUACGACAUCAGCCAAGUGACCAUCUCCCUCGUUUACAUGGUCACCGCUGUGGUCGGCGUGGAAACGUGGUACCAGCCAGCCCUGUUUCACUUCCUCUACAGAGACUUCUUCACCUUCAUGAUCAUUGCCUGUUCCUUCACUGUGACCUUACCCAUGAGCCUCUACAAUGUCCUGAAGGGAUACCGCAGCAACACCCUGAAGCACAGCAGCCUGUACGAAGCUUUCCUGCCUUUCCUCUCUCCCGUCCUCCUCUUCACCCUGUCCACCAGUUGGGUGGUGUUCUCUCCAUCCAACAUCCUCGAGCUGCAGCCCAGGAUCUACUACCUCAUGGUGGGAACAGCAUUCGCCAAUGUGACGUGUAAGCUGAUCGUUUGUCAGAUGAGUAACACGCGUUGCCAGCCACUGAGCUGGAUGCUGCUGCCCAUGGCGGUGGUGGUGGUGUUAGCGGUCACGGGGGUGGUCGCCAACGAGACGCUACUACUCUAUCUGUGGACAGCUGUCGUCAUACUCUCACACAUACACUACGGUGUAUCAGUGGUACAACAGCUCAGCAACCACUUCAACAUCUUCGCCUUCUCCCUGAAGAAGUCCAACAGUGACUGACAGGAGGAGGAACGAAUUGGCUUGAAAGGAGCGGAGGUUUAAGCUCCUCCCCUUCUCCACUCUACCGACACUUCACUCUCAUCGCCGCGGAAACCACACCCACUCCCCUGCAUCCACGAGGACGCCGCCGUUGGAAAUGGACUAUGGCCCUGUUUUUUUCCCCCACUGUCCACAAACACACACAAAGAUACGACACGCACGCACAUUCCUGACCAGCCAAUCAAUCGGCCAAACUCUGGUCUCGGCGAUGGGGCAGGGGCCCGGGGGCUCUGGCUUCUGCCAUUGGUGAUUGGCUAACUUGGUUUGGCCAAUGAGGUGCAAUUGUUUCCUACGGAAAUGUGCUUCAGUCGUGAGGACAGGAGCCCAGACGAGCCAUGCACACGCACACACACACACACACACACACACACACACACACACACACACACACACACACACACACACACACACACACACACACGUUUAUUCUGCUUUCAUGCAGAUAAUCUAUAUCUUGUGGCAGGUGUUCCAAUACAAGCGCACACACACACACACACACACACACACAUACACACACACAGUAUUAUGAAUGUAUAAUAUGCCUUGGGAAAACACCAUUUCAUUUGAUUGCAUUAACAGAAAGUAAUGCUAUUUCAAACUUGACAAACCUCAGAGCUCUGGCCACGCGUGGCUCACUCAUCCACAGCCGGGGCCCCGAAGUUUAAGGGUUCAGUCACCUGUUUAUCAUCGGAUGAUUUUCAGUUGGAAAAUCUCUGCGAUAUCUGUUUAUAGCUAUAUAAUUAUAUAUAUAUAUAUAUGUCUUUGGGGUUUGGGGCAUUUUAUUUUCAACGAAAUGAAACGUUAAAAAGAAAAUGAUCAGUCCUGUAAAACAUUGAAUAAAUUGACCUCUAAUUAAUUAAACAUUCAGCUCUGUGACAAUGAGUAAACAGAGUUGGAUAUUGACCAACCAGGGCAAGAAUUGACCAGGAUAACCUCUGACCCUUUGAACUCUACUAAUCUUUGACCUCUGUCUGAGCACUGGCCUCCUAUAGCCCUCCCUUACCCUCUGAGGUGUCGUGUUUUCAUGCUAAUUUGUUCUGGGGGGGUUGUUUUUUUUGUUGUUGUUGUUUUUUUUUUACACUUUUGAAAUAUACUUUGAUUGGUAUUAUUUGCUGGUCUGUUGUUAUGGCAACGGUGUGUGGUUGAGUCGCGCAGCGCUUGAAUGAAGAGUGUGUCCAAAAGCCAGAAAUGGAGCGGACCCACUCUGAGGGAACAAGCAGUUGCACAUGGACACCGCAAACACCACACAACAUCGCCUGGUAUCAGUCUCCCGCGCGCACACACACGCACACACAAAAACACAUACAUACUGUUAUAUACUGUCUGUCAGGUAACUUGUGUAUUGCUGCCUUUGGUUUUUUUUGUUUUCCAGUCUGUUAAACAAUGUGUCUGUGUGUGUGACCCUAGCUCUGUUUGGUGAAGAUGGAUAUUCAGUGGCAGCUGCAGGCUGGAAAUUGAAAUUCUCUCUUUUUUAGUUUUUCGUAUUACAACAUAGACGGUCAGUGUGACUUUUGUGUUUCUGACCCCGUUCAAAAAUCGCUUUUGGCCUUGUCGAAAAAAUCCGCAGUCAUGUCUCGCUGUGAGGACAUUCAUCUAGAAAAGAAUAGAAAGGUCUCAGCUCCGCUCAAAGAGUUUGACGGUUCAAGCUCGGCCCCGAUUGAGACCGAAACAGUGGGAAGCCAAGACUUAAGUUUUCUCCUAAAGUUUUUUUUUAAACCCCAGUUCUCAACCAGACUGGAAAAGGGCGACGGGGCUCCGGUUCACAUGUCACGCCUCCAAAAAAACAGGCGCAACCGAUGAACUGCAGUUUCAGUUUUCACGAAGGGGAACCUUGUUCUAAUGAACCAGAAUAACAACCGUUGGGGGAAAGCCUCCAACUCGCCUCGCGAGUGGCAAGUUUAUUUGGGAGCUAAAUGUCUGAAGGUCCAGUCACAGUGGUAAUUGUCAUACUUGAUGAUUAAAUGGUGCGUAUGAGACAUCAGACGCACUGGAGCAAAAUGUUAAAAAAAAAAUAUAUGCUUGUUUCUGCAACUUCCGAUUUGCUCGCGCGUUUUUGUACAUAAAACUGUGUGUGAACUGUGAGCGACAGUGAACACGGAGGCGCAGCCCUGUAAAUGUCCCUGAAGUACCAUCUUGUCUGGGAGGAACAAAUAGACCCCUACCACUACUACUGCCAUGGUACCCAGCAAAGUAUCCCACGUCGGUUUUCCUGCGUCUCUGCACUGCGGGCUGGGGAAAGCUUUGUCACGCAGUGGUGAGCGCGUCAUAAUCGUUGACAUUUUGAUUUUAAUGAGUCUUUUUCUUUUCUCUUUAAGCGAAGCCCCGCAUCUGUGACUGAAGACCAUAGAUUGUAGUGACGUGAGAACAACUGAUUGUGAGAUUUUGGGUAAAAUGCACUGUCUGGGUAUGUGCAGAUCUGUGUGCUGUUGAUGUAUGGAUGUAUGCUCCUGUAUGUGUGGAUAUCUGUGUAAAUACAUACAUUUUUUCCUCAUUUUUGUUAUUUUUUUUAAAUUUUAAAUGCGGUUGUUAGGGGGUUUUUUCUUCUUUUUUUCUAAUCCCUUGACAGGUGAACUGUAAGACCAGGAGACGAUGCCAAUCAGCCGUGUUCCUGUUGUGAGAUUCAAACCCCGCAAAGCCACAGGACUGUCUUUUUUGGCAGCGCGUGCAUCCGACAACAGCCUUUUUGAACAAUUUUUCAUCUCUGCUGCUCUCCUGGCUGAUUGGAAUCGUUUCUCCGGGUCAUAAUUCUGGGCUAGAUUGGGGGCUGCAAAAAGCAAAACAACAACUACAAACACUGCUAGAUACAACAAGGCGUUAUCAAAUCAAAGUAGCUAAAUAAUCUGCCAAGCAGCGAGAGAAAUGUAAGAGAAACAGAUGAAGGCCGAAGAAAAAUUGAGAACAAAGAAGUCUCUCAUUCAUGGCAGAUAAAUUCCUUAGGUCUCUUGACAUGUUCAUUUUCACAGCUACUUUUCUGUGCAUUUUUGGUAGUGUGCUCCUCGACUUUACUCACCACUUUCUAGGACAAACUGCCCCCUCAUCCUCAUCAUCAUCCUCCUCCUCCUCCUGGAUCAAUGACCCCAAGCUUUUCAAAUUGUGACUAAAGUUGUUGUCUAAUGCUGCUCUGGCAAACACUCCGGGGCUUCUUGCGUGGCUACUUGUGACAUUGUAUUUAACCAGUGAAAGAAAGGACUGUCCAGAAAAAAGAAUUAAAAAUGACUUUUUCUUAAAUCA